CGACUGCACGCACACCACCCACCGCUCUCGGCAGUUCGUGUCAAAAGAGGUGGUCCCACCAGGCAGAAGCAGAACCUGACUCAGUGCUUUAGAUCCGUACCGAAAACCAGCCAGACCACCAGCCGCGAAGACCAUCGCGAAAUAGUAGAUUCGGAAAAAGUGCAUCAAGUUCCGAAGUGUUACGUGUCCGUUUACCGGUGUCCGGGUUGGUGUCUCGUCUUGUCCUGCACCCGGGGUGUGGGUAGCAGCGGAAGAUGGUUCCGCCGCCGGAGUAGAAAAUGUGAAAGUUUGACCGAUUUUAUUUUCGCAAUCCUUUUGAAGCAACCAGGUGGGGUGAAUAGGUGGUGUGAAGGGGGGCGGUGCUACUUCCCCGCGGGGAAGUGUCUAGUGAGGAAGUGUGUGAAGAGCAGUAGUUGGUCGAAAAUCACAACAACAGCAAGGCAGAACAAGGCAAUCGAUUCUUCCGGAAGGUUUACAGCCUUUGUUUUUGUUUUUGGCCGAGGGGCGCCGCUGGAACAACAGCAAAAAUGUCCGUGGUACGGACAAAGGUCCUCGGGCUGGUGGACGUGAUAAUGCGCGUUCCCAGCCUGUUCAUCAUCGACGAGAUCCUGAAGAUUAGCAUGGGAUUGCCCAACUCGUCGUCACCACCACCGACACAAUCCGCAGCCACUGCGGCCGUGACCAGUUCAGAAUCGCUGGUCAACCUGACCGUGAAUGCCACCGUCAGUGCGGCCGCCAACAUGCUGGAUGCUGCGGCGGCGGCCGCGGCUACAGCAGGUGGAAUCGGCAGCCCCGAGGACUCGCUCAAGGACGACAUCGAGUUCUACAAGUUCAUCUCGCUGACAACGCUCAAGUUUCUGCUGUGUCUGUUCGGUUGCAUCAGCGCGGCGUGCGUGUUCAUGCUUUGGACGCGUCACCUCGUCAUCGUGUACAUGUACAUCGUGUCCGUGGGUCUGAUCUUCCUGUCCUACUGGAGCAACGUGUCGGCGCUGUCCGUCAUCUCCGACGGCCCGAGCCUGCUCGAGGACAUCCUGUCGCUGAACAUGGACCGGCUGCUCGACCCGGGAGGUGUCGCCCUCUCGAUUCUGCCCCAUCUGCUGGCCCAGUGGCUGAUGGGGGUCAUCUUUGCGUACAUCCACUUGGGACCAAAAUACAAGAUCAUCCAGAAAGCGCUGCCAUUUAGCUUCCUGAUGCCACUGUUCCUGGCGAUGCUUCCGCUGCCGACGGUGGUGCUGAAACAUUCCCCCGCGUUCGCAGCGAUUCUUCCGCUGGUCCUGUCCAAGAUUGCCCUGUGGAGUUCGUCGUUUGACGUGGUCAAGACGAUCCUCAACGGGUACCAGCACGCGCGCAACUUUGCCAGCAACUUUGGCAUUUCCGCCCUCAUCGAGAACGAGUGGCAGCGGCUGAACGUGCCGUGCGUGCUGCGAGCCUUCUGGACGCUUCGACUGCUCGAGCAGCUCAUCAGCCUGCUGGUGGCGUCGGACGUGCCGCUCCGGUUUGCCGCCACCAUCCAGAGUUUGCUGGUCAGCGGGUGCGAGACGCUAACCGCCGUCCUCGGCAUGACCAGCAUCAUUUCGCUCAUCUGUCACUACAUCGGGAAGGCGUUCCAGCUGUUUCUGCUGUCGGAAGACUAUGACGAGGACAAGUCGAUCGGCACCGUGUCGGCGAUCCUGUUCUACAUCCUGGCGCUGCAAACGGGGCUGACGUCGCUCACGCCGGACAAACGGUUCGUGCGGCUAUGCCGCAAUCUGUGUCUGCUCAUCACGGCCCUGCUGCACUUCUUGCACAACAUUGUGGCACCGAUCCUGAUGUCGCUCAGUGCCGCGCGGAAUCCGUCGAGGAAACGCCACGCCCGCGCCCUCAUGGUUUGCGCGUUCCUACUGCUCACUCCGGUUGGUCUGCUGAGCAUCCUGUGGUCACGACACUCACCGUCAACUUGGUUACUUGCCGUCACCGCAUUCUCCGUCGAGGUUAUCGUUAAGGUCCUGGUCAGCCUAGCGACCUACACGCUGUUCCUGCUGGACGCCCGGCGGCAAACGUUCUGGGAGAAGCUGGACGACUACGUGUACUACAUCCGGGCGUUUGGCAAUUCGGUCGAGUUCUGUUUCGGCAUCUUCCUCUUCUUCAACGGCGCCUGGAUUCUCAUCUUCGAGUCAGGCGGUGCGAUCCGGGCGCUGAUGAUGUGCAUCCACGCGUACUUCAACAUCUGGUGUGAGGCGCGCGCCGGCUGGGGCGUGUUCAUGAAGCGCCGGACGGCGGUCCACAAGAUCAGCUCGCUGCCGGAGGCGACGCCGCAGCAGCUGCGCACGUUCGACGACGUGUGCGCCAUCUGCUACCAGGAAAUGACGUCAGCGAAGAUCACCCGCUGCAAGCACUACUUCCAUGGCGUCUGCCUACGGAAGUGGCUGUACGUGCAGGACCGGUGUCCGCUGUGCCACGAGAUCAUUAUGAACCAGGACGCGCCGGCGGAAAAGGGCGCCGUUGAAGGCAGCGCAGCGGUGGCAGCCGAGGACGAGGCCAUUCUUCAGGCCAACGUUGCUGCUGUGGUCCCCGUGGGACAGGGAAAUCUCCAAAAUGCCGCGGUGGCCGGUGCCGCCCCGGACACUUCCUCCAGCUCAUCAGUCAACGCUAGUAGUAAUAGUAAUAGUAGUAACAGUAGUAUAAUGGCUGCUGCGGCCAGCAGCAGCACCAGCCGGAACCCACUGUCCGUCAGUGGCUUCCGAAUCCCGUCGACGGCCAGCGGUUCUUCGACUUCUUCGUCGUCGUCAUCGUCGUCGGCCUCUUCUUCGUCCAGUUCUUCAGCGACGACGACGAUGACGGCUACGGCACCGACGUCCGGUCCUGCGGGUCUGGGAAGUUCCGAAACGGCGGCCGCCACGGCCGCAGCCAUUUCGCAAAUCAUCCGGCAGCACCAGCACCAGCAGCUUCGGUCCUCCGUCGAUCGGGACUUUCUGGACGAACUGGAGUAGAGUACUCAAGGGGCAAACUGACCGCCCGUCCGGGGGUGCACUAGAUUUAUGCUUCUAAACUGUUUUUAAAUCUAAACCUCGGCUGGCCUCCUGAAUCCGCGCAUCCGUCGUUUACAUUUGUCCCCGUUAGGUUCUGCAUAAUUGUUGUGUUAUUUUUAGCCAAAAUUGCGUAUUUGUUAAACUCUUCUAAUUUCAUGUAGUAGAACAUUAUGUCCGGUUAGGUAAAAUAGCAUAAAACUGGCAACAAAAAACGGUUCCGUGGACGGGUUCGGACAGAGUUUAGGGUGGAAAAAGCGACGGCGGGAAAUUAUAGGCUCAACUGAAGAAGAAACUGGCCGCUAAAAUUGAUUGAAAUUAGAUGUCAGAGAUGGGAGGGGCAGAGGGUGGAGAAAAUUGUAAACACUAUUUGUGGCUGUGUUUGUGUGACGAGAAAAGACGAAUAGCGCGAGCGUUGCGCAAUUGUCGUUUUGAUUUGAUUUUGUCUCUUUCGAUUACGUGGUCAACUGUGUUAUAUAAGAAUACAAAAUUGUCGCAAAAGAGAAAA